CAAUCAGCUUAGUCACCUAGCUGGUAGAUAGACUCAGUUCAAUGGCGUCCAUGAAAAUCCAUUCGUUGGUGUUAGUGUUGGUCGCACUAGUCAUGGGGCCACUGGCCGCGGUGGCCGGCGACCCGGACAUCCUCACCGAUUUCGUCCCACCAACCACAAUCGGCGGGCCAGCCAACAUCACCGGUGACUAUUUUACCUUCACCGGCUUCCGUCCCAAGCUGAUCCCAACAGCCACCUUCGCGGUGGAGAAGGCCUCCCUGGCGGAGUUCCCCGCGCUCAACGGACAGAGCGUGUCCUAUGCCAGGCUCACGUUCCCUGCAGGCACUGUGAACCCAACGCACACCCACCCUCGUGCCUCCGAGCUGCUUCUUGUCAUUGAGGGUGCGCUCUCCGUCGGCUUCAUCGACACCGCUGGCAAGCUCUACACCAAGGACCUAGUUGCCGGCGACAUGUUCGUCUUCCCCAAGGGCCUCGUACACUACCAGUCCAACCAGGGGGCCAACCUCGCCGUCGCGCUGUCAGGGUUUGGGAGCGCCUCCGCCGGCACCGUGUCUGUGCCGCUCACCGUGUUUGGCACCGGAAUCGACGACGUCGUGCUUGCCAAGUCGUUCAAGACCGACGUGGCCACCGUGCAGAAGCUCAAGGCAGCCCUCACACCACCGAAGAAGAAUUGAUAGUAUGACCGGUGAUGCUGCCAUGUUGGCGCUUUGCCAU